AUGGGAUGGCACGACCGGCUUGUCUACUAUCGUGAUUUUGCAUACGGCACCCCGAGGCUGCGAAUGGCGAACGGCAACAUUGGCCAUGUGCCUGCUGCCACCUUUGCUGAGUAUGUAGACGAUCCUUUCCUUGGCAACGACGACGGCGACGACGACAGCGACACGACGUGUGGGGAGCCGCUGUCGCAGGACGUGGACGCCGCACCAGGUGUCGCGCCAGAUGCGGACGCGCACCACGCCCCUCGACCGCAGUGUCUCGCAGUGCGGCCGGCGCUGGCGCAUCGCCUCUACUCCCACCGCCUGCAUGUGCGCGCAAAGGCUAAACUGCAACGCGACAGACUGCUGUCCGGCCCCAUGAUCGACGUGUAUGUGGGCAACGCGCGCCGCCGCUGGACGCUGCACCGCACCCUGCUCUGCCACCAUUCGGCCCAGCUCGAGGCCGAGCUUGAGGGUAACCACGACGGCCACGACGCCAGAGAUGCACUCGACGCGCUCGAACUGCCCGACCACGACCCGGCUGGCUUCGAGCUGCUCGUCAAGUGGCUCUACCAGGGCAGGCUCGAUGACGUCUCAGACCUGGCCGACGCGACGCAAAAGUACGAGCACGCCGUGCACUGCCACGCCCUAUACCUGCUGUGCCACCGCUUCGACAUGCCCCAGCUGAAGAACGUCGCCAUGGACCAAUUCCGCAAGGGCCUCCACGAAGCCGAGCUGGUCCCGGACCCCGACGAGAUCGACGACUUGUACCGCAAGACCCCCGCCGGCUCGCCCUUCCGCCGCCUGCUGGUCCAGAUCGCCGCGCGCCAGAUAAUGGACCCGGACAGCAACCGCGACGUCGAGACGUAUCGCCAGUGCUUCGAGCACAACGCCAGCUUCGCCUUGGAGCUGGUCAACGCCAUCCGACAGGGCUCCGGCGGCAUGCUGCUUGACGACCCCACCGCCAGCGGCAACGAGUGCGCCUACCACGACCACCAAGACGCGCCCCACUGCAACAUCAAGGCCAAGGCCAAGGCCAAGGCCAAGCAAGCACGCAAGGCCAAAGCCCAGAGAGCAGACCCAUCCUCCGCCAGGUCAGCAGCCUCCACAAGCUCCGACCCACCUCUCCGCCCUCACCCCCGCCCUCCUCCAAGGGCCCUUCCCCCGCCGCCUCCAAGGAUACUUCCCCUGCCGCCUCCAAGGAUAAUUCCCCCGCCACCUCUCCGCCAGCCUCGCCCCGGAAGCUCCGCCGACGGUCUUCUACGCCGUCGCCUCACAAGCCCCGCCACAUCGACGGUGAGCACCUCGACCGAAACCGCCCUCGCGAGCCACCCACCCAGCCCGGACACGACCCAGGACUGGGCAAAGCUAAAGAAAGUCAUCACCCCCGAGAAGCAGGCCGCCGGAGCAGCGGAGGCGCCGAAGCCACAUCCAGUCCUCGCAGAGCACCGCCGAAGCUCAGAAGACGCCCCUCUCCCGCAGCAGCCUAGCAAGGCAGACGGGGAGGCGAGCGCGGCAACGAACGGGUCAGCGCACCAGUCACCGCCGCGGCGAGGGAUCUGGGAGUGGGCAAGAGCAGGCACAGGAAGACUGAACAUCAUAGGGCGACUGCCACAUGCAGAGUGGAAGGGUCCGGCGUCAGCCUCCACAGCAGAAGGCCUAGUCAUCAAUGGCGCCCAAGACCAUGGAAGAACAACAGAGUCCCACGACGACUUUGACAUUCCAUCCGCCACCGCCACCGAGCCAGACAACGUCGAAAAGCAGGAGACAGCUGCGCUAGCCAAAAUCGAGGGUCUGGGCAUAUCAAGCCUCGGCACCAUGAUGUCGCCGAACGACUUCUCGCAGACAAAACGCUCGUCAGACGACCUCAUCGCGAACGCCUCCGAGACAACCGGCUCUCCUUCGCCCAGGAUCACAAGACACGAAGCAUGGACGAACGGAGAUGACACAACUCCCACGGCUUCCAAGCCCACUUCGCCAACGACGCCUGACACGCCCACGCCACCGCAGCGCAGGACAGACUCAAUCAUGGAAAUGCCCAAACCGAGAGAGACAGAAGAACCGCCCACAUCGAAGAAAACAAUACACAUUUCGAGGGCGUGGGCUGGCAGCGAGGAAAAAGCAAAGUCGAGCUCGACUACACCCAAAACACCGCAGGAACAGGAACAGCAACAGCAACACGAACCCGUCCGUGAACAUGACCUAGCCUUGUCAGCGCCCGCCAAAGCCAAUGGCGAGUUGAAGUCUGGUCAGCGGCGGGUUCCCACGUACAAGAUUGCACUAGCGUCUAGCCUUCUGUCGCCGGCGAGGAGGAGUGCCUCGGCGGCGCAUUAA